AUACUGCAAAAAUAUUUUAUUCCAAAUUAGGUAAUAACUAUUAAAUCAAUAAUGGCUUACAUUUCAGAUCUUAUCAAGAAAAAUAACGUUUUAAAUCUUAACCCUCCAAAUGAUGUUUCAAUUCACAUCACUCAACAUGGUUCUGAUUGGUUAUGGACUUGUUUUGCAAUUUAUUCUUUAAGUAUUCUUGUUCAUGUUGGAUUUUUCUUUUUAACAAAGAGAAAGACUCAAGUUUUUAAAAGAACUUUAUUAGGUUUCCCAAUUUAUAUUCAUGCUGUUUUAGCUUUUGCUUAUUUCACUAUGGCCUCUAACUUAGGUUAUGCCCCAAUGACAACUGAAUUCAAUCAUGCUGAUAUUAAUAAUGAUAUGGUUGUUGGUGAUGAUAUUAGACAAUUAUUCUAUGCUAGAUAUAUUGCCUGGUUUGUCGCUUGGCCAAUGGUUUUAACUACUAUUGAAUUAUCUAAUCAUAUUGUUGAUUUCAAUACCGCUGAUACUGAUUUAUUUACCAAGAUUUUCUCAUUUGCUGGUAAUUUGUUCCUUAAAAUCAUUGGUACUGAAUUAUUUGUUAUUGGUUAUUUAGUGGGUAUGUUUAUUCAUUCUACUUAUAAAUGGGGUUACUUUGUUUUCGGUACUGUUGGAUUAUUAUUCAGUGCUUAUUUAGUUGGUUAUAAUACUUUUAUUAAUACUAUUGGUGAUUUAAGAGCUGGUAGAUUACAAGCUGGUGUCAUUGGAUUUUAUUUAAUCACUUGGAUUUUAUAUCCAAUUGCUUGGGGUUUAAGUGAAGGUGGUAACUAUAUUCAACCAGAUUCAGAAGCUGUCUUUUACGGUAUUUUAGAUUUAGUUGUCUUUUUAGUUGUUCCAACUGCUUUAUCUUGGGGUUUAAUUAGAGAUGUUAAUGAAGAAUUCUUUAAAAAUGUCGUUGGUUACGAUAUGAGAACUGAUCAAGAAAAGAUUAUUGAAACUCCAAGACAUUCAGGUGAUACUGCCGUUCCUCCAAUGGGUGUUCCAACCACUGAAGAAGCUUAAUCUUGUUAAGUUUUAUUUCGGUUGACUAAAGACUUUUUUUAGUCUCUUUUUUUAAUUUAUUUGCUAUUUGCUAUUUAUUAUUUCAAGUUUAACUUUUAUACUGAUGUUUUAUAUCUCCCCCUUUUUAAUUAAUUUAAUUUUUUCCAUUUCCUCUAAUAUCUCUAUCAGUCCCUAAAUGUUUUCCUUUUAAUUUACGAUCAUUCUUUAAUAUAUUUAUCGUUAAUA